GGUAAUGUCCGCCAUGUUGGCCAUGGCGCAGGGAGCGGAUCGGGCGGGCGAGCGGCGGAUCUAGUGUGUGGAAGCGGCCGCGGGCGGCGGGGGGCUGUUUUCGGGCGGGGUGGGCGCCCAUGCUGUGGCCGGGGGCAGUGAGGAGGAGGAGGAGCGGGCCGGCCGCGCUGCACUGAGGAAGGAGGUGGAGGAGGCGGCGGGAGUCCUCCCCCCCUCCCCGCCCGCCCCGCCGCCGCCGCCCGGGCUGUUCCUGUAAGGCGGGGAGACAAUGAGUAAACUCUCCUUCCGAGCGCGGGCGCUGGACGCCGCCAAACCGCUGCCCAUCUACCGCGGCAAGGACAUGCCUGAUCUCAACGACUGCGUCUCCAUCAACCGGGCCGUGCCCCAGAUGCCCACCGGGAUGGAGAAGGAGGAGGAAUCGGAACAUCAUUUACAGCGAGCUAUUUCAGCACAGCAAGUGUUUAGAGAAAAAAAAGAGAGCAUGGUCAUUCCUGUUCCUGAGGCAGAGAGCAACGUCAACUAUUACAAUCGCUUGUACAAAGGAGAGUUUAAACAGCCAAAACAGUUCAUUCAUAUUCAGCCUUUUAAUCUAGACAACGAGCAACCAGAUUAUGAUAUGGAUUCAGAAGAUGAGACCUUAUUAAAUAGACUUAACAGAAAGAUGGAAAUUAAGCCUUUGCAAUUUGAAAUUAUGAUUGACAGACUUGAAAAAGCCAGUUCUAAUCAGCUUGUAACACUUCAAGAAGCAAAACUGCUGCUAAACGAAGAUGAUUACCUUAUUAAAGCUGUAUAUGACUACUGGGUGAGAAAACGUAAAAACUGCAGGGGACCAUCUCUCAUUCCUCAGAUAAAACAAGAGAAAAGAGAUGGUUCUACCAACAAUGACCCUUAUGUUGCCUUUCGGAGGAGAACAGAGAAAAUGCAAACUCGAAAGAAUCGUAAGAAUGAUGAAGCUUCAUAUGAAAAGAUGUUGAAACUGAGACGAGAGUUUAGUAGAGCCAUAACAAUUUUGGAAAUGAUUAAGAGAAGAGAGAAAACAAAACGAGAAUUAUUGCACUUAACCUUGGAAGUUGUGGAAAAAAGGUAUCAUUUGGGAGACUAUGGUGGUGAAAUCCUUAAUGAAGUGAAAAUCAAUAGAUCAGAAAAAGACUUAUAUGCCACUCCAGCAACUCUUCAUAAUGGAAAUCAUCAUAAAGUCCAAGAAUGUAAAACUAAGCACCCUCAUCAUUUGUCUUUGAAAGAAGAGGCUUCUGAUGUGGUUCGUCAAAAGAAGAAGUACCCAAAGAAGCCUAAAGCAGAGGCUUUGAUAACAUCUCAGCAACCCACUCCUGAGACAUUGCCUGUGAUCAAUAAGAGUGACAUUAAGCAAUAUGACUUUCACAGCUCAGAUGAAGAUGAAUUUCCACAGGUACCUUCCCCAGUAUCGGAACCCGAAGAAGAAAAUGAUCCUGAUGGUCCCUGUGCUUUCAGAAGGCGGGCAGGAUGCCAGUAUUAUGCUCCUCGUUUGGACCAAGCUAACCAUUCGUGUGAAAAUGCAGAAGUGGCAGAUUUGGCAGAUUUGGAUAAGUUGAGGUAUAGGCAUUGCCUUACAACACUUACAGUCCCAAGAAGAUGUAUAGGAUUUGCAAGGAGGCGGAUUGGCAGAGGUGGAAGGGUCAUAAUGGACCGAAUAUCCACAGAACAUGACCCAGUCCUGAAACAGAUAGACCCUGAAAUGCUGAAUAGUUUUUCAAGCUCUUCCCAAACUAUAGACUUUUCUUCUAAUUUCUCUCGGACCAAUGCUUCCAGUAAACAUUGUGAAAAUAGACUGUCCCUUUCUGAAAUAUUAAGCAAUAUCAGAUCAUGUCGACUACAGUGUUUCCAGCCAAGGCUACUAAAUUUACAGGACAGUGAUAGUGAAGAAUGUACCUCAAGAAAACCAGGGCAGACUGUGAACAAUAAAAGAGUUUCUGCGGCAUCUGUAGCUUUAUUGAACACCAGCAAGAAUGGCAUAUCAGUAACAGGGGGUAUCACAGAAGAGCAGUUUCAGACGCAUCAACAGCAGUUAGUUCAAAUGCAAAGGCAGCAACUUGCUCAGCUUCAGCAGAAACAGCAAUCUCAGCAUUCCUCGCAACAGACACAUCCAAAAGCACAGGGCUCAAGCACCUCUGACUGUAUGUCUAAAACACUUGACUCAGCCAGCGCCCACUUUGCUGCAUCUGCAGUGGUCAGUGCACCUGUUCCAAGUCGCAGUGAGGUAGCCAAGGAACAGAAUACUGGCCACAACAACAUAAACGGUGUUGUCCAGCCUUCAGGAACCUCUAAAACAUUGUACUCCACCAAUAUGGCUUUAUCAUCCAGCCCAGGGAUUUCAGCAGUACAACUUGUAAGGACAGUUGGCCACACCACUACAAACCACUUAAUCCCAGCAUUGUGCACAAGCAGUCCUCAAACACUUCCCAUGAACAAUUCCUGCCUGACAAACGCAGUGCACCUCAAUAACGUCAGUGUUGUUUCUCCAGUCAAUGUGCAUAUCAAUACACGGACUUCAGCACCAUCGCCAACAGCCUUAAAACUUGCCACAGUUGCUGCCAGUAUGGACAGAGUGCCAAAGGUUACUCCCAGCAGUGCCAUCAGCAGCAUAGCAAGAGAGAACCACGAACCAGAAAGAUUGGGUUUAAAUGGAAUAGCAGAGACAACAGUAGCUAUGGAAGUGACAUAACCUGAAACAUGUGGCUUUGACCUGUGCUGAUGAUGUGCAGUCAUUCGUAUUCCAGCUAAAUGCAAAAGGUGACACUCUGUGGAUCACAGAGUGUAACAAUGGACCUAAAUGGACUACAGUAUAUCAGAUGUUAAAUCGAUAUAUGAUGUAUAUUUUGUAAAAUUGGGAAAAUCACUACCUUGUAAAAUAGUUUAUUUGUAUCAUCAAUAUUAUUUCUGUUACUUGAAUAGUAGAUAUUCAUCAUCAUGCUUUUGCACUUGAAUUUGCAACUGAAUGGAUUUUAAAAAAUAAUUCUUUAAUGGGAUCAUGAGCAUGAAAUGGGAUCCUGCAUCACUUGUUUUAACUAUUUAUUUUGCCAUGUUUACAUUUUGUAUCUUGUAAAAAUAAAUCCAACUUUGUGUCUAAAAAGUUAAAGAUUCAUAGCUAGGAAAUGAAAUUCUUGUAAUUUUUUUCUAAAGGAACUGUAAAGUUUUCACUUGGUUCAUUUUGUUUCACAAUUUGACUAGAUGGACUUUUUGGUAAAUACUUUAGUGGCAUUUCACUGUCAAAUAUGAAGUUCAAGGCAAAAUAGUAUUUUCUAUUACCGUGCAGGGGAAAGGGAUGGAUCGAUACAUGCAAAUUUAAUGUAGUAACUUCACUUUUCCAUAUAUUUUGAAUGUAUAUUUCUAUUUAUAAUACCAGUUUAUAAAAAAUAAUUACACAGAAAAAUGGACUAGGAAAAAUUAUGCAUCUAGCACAUUUAAACUGUGCAGAUAUGAAAAUUUUUCAAGGAUUACAUUUUAUCUGAAGACUGCGUAUUUUAACUGGCUUUAAAACUGUAACUCACCACAUAAAAGAUAUUUUACCAGGUAUGUAUUGCAUUAUAUCAUUGCAAUAAUUAUUGGAAGUCUAGAUAUCGAGCCAUCCCAGGUGUUGGGGCAGGGUGGGGGGAGGGUUGUGGCAAGAUUGUCUUUUCAAUUUUGGAGAGUUUUCCUGUGGCUACAAGGCAAGUAACGGGUUGGAAAAAGUCUGACUGUAAGCGUUGGACACCUUCAUAGUGUAGUGUUUUAGUGACUUUUUUUAUACGGUUCUUGUAAAUUAGAUACGUGUAGUGGUGUUUCAGAAUGUUUGUUUAUGCACUAGUUCAGACAACUUUCCCUGUUACUUGUUCUUGAUAAGUGAAAACUGCAGGGAAAUAAAAAAUACAUAUCAAAACAUGGACAUGCUGCAUAUGUGUUUAUUUCACAAUGUGCACACAGUAUAAGUGGAAAUUUAAGGGAGAUGAUAGCACUUAACAGCACUUUUCAUUUUCACAGUGCUUUCUAAGCAUUAAUGGAAAGAAUAUAAGCAGCUCAUCUGUGGGCACUAUUGGGUUUCAGAUAAUCCAAUAUAAACUACCUUUGAUAUGAAAAGUUCUUAAAAUAUUUUACAGAAUGUAAGUAAUUUGCAGGAUACUAGUCAUUGAAAUCUCAUAAAUGAGCCUCAUUUUAUAAAUAAAAAUUUAGAGUAGAAUUAUAUUGCAAGGGGGUUUUGUCAAGUAAGUACUGGGAAAUGUAAAUAUUUUUAAUGAAUAUAAUUAAAACCAUUUCAAACUUACAUAAUUUUAUACUUUACAUUUUUUAUAUCUGCAGUCCUGAAAGUUGUAAAUUGAUAUGUCAGUUGAAUUAAUGGGCCAAGAUUUCUGCUGAGAGUGGUUUUUAUUCAGGUCCUAAAUAUGUAAAGCAAUUUAUGGUCAAAACCAUAGGAAAAAAUAAAUUUAAUUUCUUCAUUGGUUGUGACCUGAUAGGAUCCAUGCUCAUUUCUGCCAUACUACCUCUGGAGUUACUCACUCAUUGCUGAUUAUAUAAAGGAAAUAAUUUUGAUUUGAUAUGUAUUAUGACUGUGUUCAUUCUGCUUAUAGUUGGAUGUAUCUCUCCUUGCUAUUAAGAACUUAAAACUUUAGUGCCAAUUUCAGUGAAAGCUUUUUUUCCCGUUUUACUGAAGUAAAGCAUGAAGUGAAUUUGCCUUA